AUGAGACUUCCUACGGAGAUUGUCAUUCCUUUCCUGCUUUCUCCCGUCUCAGCAAUAUCAUUGUUUACUUUGACUAUAUUUCUCUCGCGACUUCCUUUCGAAACAAUUCUUUCUGCAUGCCCGUCUGUACCCCCACUCCCUAAACUGAUUAUUAUGACCUCCUUCAAGUCUAGUAAAAGAUUGCUUGGAUCCGGUAUUCCUAGGAGCUCUGGUAAUAGUCAUAUGUCCCCUUCCAUCGUACACCCAAUGCACAGACAUGGUACUAAUAAAUUAAUUUCUCAAACUCAAAACACAAAAGGAAAGGAGUGGAGUGUGUAG